UUCAUUGGAACUCUCUCUCCCCCACCCCCUUGUGUGUGUGUGUUCACAUGCAUGUGCUUAAGUUACUUUGCGGUGGGUGAUAUCCUCUCUUAUCUUGAUUUGCAGUUUGGAAUUAUUGUUUUAAAGAAGGGCCAAAAUGUUCUACCUCAGCUUAAUUGAGCAUACCUUGCGUGUGCCUCCUCAUCUUCUAAGCCUUCCCCUUGAAGAAGCAAUUAAAGGAGAGCUCGAGAGACUCUUCUUGGAUAAGGUUAUAUCAAAUUUGGGACUUUGCAUCUCAGUUUAUGACAUAAAAAGUAUUGAUGGAGGCUUCAUCUUUCCUGGAGAUGGUGCUUCAACGUACACGGCGGUGUUUAGAUUAAUCAUGUUUCGUCCAUUUGUGGGAGAGAUACUAGUUGCGAAGCUUAAAUCAUUUGAUGCUAAUGGCUUACGAUUGUCCUUGGGCUUUUUUGAUGACAUUUAUGUACCUGUCCAUCUUCUGCCUAACCCAUCCAGUCUUCUGCCUGACCCAGACAACAAGAAUGAACUUAGAUGGACAUGGGAGUUCCAAGAAGAAAAAUUCCCUAUAGAUGGGAAGGAUGAGAUUCGAUUCCGGGUUCAUAGUAUCCGUUAUCCUCCAAUCCCAAUUGAGCAAGAAAAAGAAGCAAAGCCAUUUGCUCCUAUGCUGAUCACUGGAUUACUGGAUUAUGAUGGCUUGGGUCCUGUUUCUUGGUGGGUAUAAAAUUUUGUCGCUCAAAUGUUGUUAUGCGAAGCAACAAUUAAAGAAAUGUGUUUUUGGCUC